UAGAAAGAGAAGACUGGAUCCACGCAGGACCAACUUUUCUCCCACUUUUCUUGAUUUUCUUCUUUUGGAAUACAAUAACUUUGAUUCACCAUGGAUCUGGCCAUACUUCUCUUCUCCAUCGUUGUCAUCCUAUUUUUAGCUAGUGCUUUUAAGAAGAAUAAAGAAGGAAGUUCUAACAAUUUCCCACCUGGACCACCGCCUUUGCCGAUCAUUGGAAAUAUGCACAUUGUGGAUGGAAAUAAACCCUACAAAACAUUUAUGCAGUUGUCUAAGGAGUACGGUAAAGUCUUCAGUAUCAAACUAGGACCAUCAAAAUCGAUCGUCCUAAGUGGUUAUGACACCAUUAAAGAUGCUUUCACCAACCAUGCUGAAAUAUUGACAACAAAACCACGUUUACCAAUAUUUUCUUCCUUUACACAAGACAUUGGUGUUGCCUUCUCCAAUGGAGACAACUGGAAGGUGAUGAGAAGAUUUACACUCUCAACCUUACGAGACUAUGGAAUGGGGAAGAAAACCAUACAAGAUAAGAUCAUUGAAGAGUCUGAAUUCCUAACUCAGAAAAUAAGAUUAUAUGAAGGAAAGCCCUGUAAUAAUCAGAAAUUCUUUAAAGCUGCUGUAACCAAUAUAAUUGUGACUAUACUGCUGAAUAAAAGAUAUGAAUAUGAAGAUCCAACCAUUCUGAGGAUUUUGGCUAUAGUCACUGAAAAUACAAAACUUCUUAACAGUCCCUGGGUCAUGCUGUACAAUAGUUUUCCACUUCUGUUUAAAUGGCUGCCCGGACCUCACAAAACAGUUAGUGAAAAUAUGAAGGAGCUUAAGAGCUUUGUAAGAAAAACAUUUACAAAAGAGACAAAAGAACUGGACGUAAAUGACCAAAGGAACCUUGUUGAUGCCUUCUUAGCCAAGCAACUAGAGGGAAAGCCGGAAUCCACCCAGUAUUACCAUAAUGAUAAUCUGACUGGUCUGAUGAUAGAUAUGUUUACAGCUGGAAUGGAAACCACGGCAACCACACUGAGAUGGGCUAUUCUGCUCAUGAUGAAAUACCCAGAAAUUCAGAAAAAAGUGCAAAAUGAAAUUGAACAAGUGAUCGGAUCAGCCUGCCCUCAAAUGGAGCACAGAAAACAAAUGCCGUAUACAGAUGCCGUCAUCCAUGAAAUAAUUAGAUUUGCGGAUCUUUUACCAACUGGUUUCCGUUCAGUUACUGAAGAUUUUACAUUUAGAGGCUAUUUUAUUCCAGAGGGAACAACUGUGAUUACGCUCCUACAUUCGGCUCUCAGAGAUAAAGAGUUCUUUGAGAAACCCGAUGAAUUUUAUCCAGAACAUUUUCUUGACUCCAAUGGAAAACUCAGUAAGAAAGAUGCCUUCAUACCAUUCUCACUAGGAAAAAGAAGUUGUAUUGGAAAGAGCUUGGCUGAGAUGGAGAUAUUUAUCUUCUUUACGUCACUGUUGCAAAAUUUCAUAUUCCAUUCACCACCGGGAGCAGAACUGGACCUUACUCCAGGACUUGGGUUUACUAAUGGCCCCAAGCCUUAUACAAUGUGUGCUGUACCACGUAGAUAGACUUUGGUUUACAUCAAUCCUUCAUGCCAUAGUCUUUUACAAACAUUCAGAAAAAUAAAAAAAAGUUUUUUUCCAAAUGCUUAGCCAGAUAUUUAGAAUAGAAUGACCCUUUUAGACUAGAAGCCUUUUUUUCACCAGCUGUAACCUCCAAAUCUGAAACUUUUUUAGUUUUAUUUAAUUUUUUGUUUGUUAAUGUUUAAUUUGUUUGUUACUGAAAUGUCUUGCUAUUUCUCUACAUCUUUAUAUAUCUGUUAUCUGAUAGAUGGUAUCUUCUCUUGUGAGGUUUCCAUUUAAGAAGAGGAAUAAGAGACCUAAGAAAUUGAAACAGUUGAACAUCACUAACACAACUGUCGUGUACAAAGGUACACAAUGCUUAGUUUCUACUGUCAGUAAAGGAGACACAAAAGUUCUUGACACUUAGAGCACACAACGCGAUGCAUUCUGCAAGCAAAAGAACAGUACUUUGAACAGAUGUAACUUCAGAUAACAAGCAUCUGUUAGGCUACUUUCACACUUGCGUUUUUGCUGGAUCCGGCAGAGUUCAGCAAAACCGCUUCAGUUACUGAUAAUACAACCAUCUGCAUCCAUCAUGAACGGAUCCGGUUGUAUUAUCUCUAACAUACCCAAGACGGAUCAGUCAUGAACUCCAUUGAAAGUCAAUGGGGACAAAUCCAUUUUCUAAUAUGUCAGAUUGUGUAAGAGAAAACAGAUCCGACCCCAUUGACUUGCAUUGUGGGUCAUGACAGAUCCGUCUUGCUGCACAUACCAGAAUGGAAAGCAAACCAACGCAUUCUGCUCUCCGGUAUGAGAACGGAACGGAAUGCAUUUUGGAAGAUUCGGUUCUGUUCAGUUACGUUGUGCCUCUAUCGACAAUGAAU